CGCGUGCUUGACAGGCUGCUGAUUGACAACAGGUGAACGUGAGUUCCACGUCAGAAACACAGAGCUCAGGACAUCAGCGUGGGGUUAAAUACGUGAUGAGAGGACGGUAACAGAAAGGGCAACGUUUUUAUCACAUUCGUUUGUCAUUCUCUGGUGUCUUUAUCCUAACACAAGGCAGCAGACAGACCGCAUUAUUCCUCAGCCUUAAACCAAACAAGGCUUUUUACCUCGCUCUGCGGCAGUUUGUUUACGAGAUUCUGUUGGUUUGAAAUCCUCCGACGGGCAUGUCUACCAAGGGAUACAGCUGAAAGCUGAUUAGAAAGCCAAGGUUACCAUGAUGAUUUCUUCUCCUUCCGCUGCUUCUGAUGUCCUGGGUGGAACUACACUGAGAGAAGAAACCUAACGCACACAGGUGUCGUCUGAUUGGUCCUUCAUUCCACUGUGAAGACUUGUCAACCAAUCAGCAUCUGCUUGGCAGCGUCUCUGCAGCAGAUUUCUGCUUCAGUUGGGACAGAGCACAACAAGACAGACAGAAAGAGAGAGAGAGAGGGUGAAGAUCAAGGUUCACCACAGCUGAAUUUGGGAUUCUGCACAAGUGAUCUCCAGCAUGGAGGUGCCCAGGAGGCCACAGCCCUCCUCCUUCACACUGCCUCUCCCUAAACCGGCCUCAUCUGCCCUGUCUCCCCUCGGAGCUGUAGAGAAGAUCGCCAAGAAAGAUCCGUUAAAAGAGAAGCUCCAUGAGAAGGAGGAUGGAACCGUAGAGAAAGAUCAGUUUGGAGAAGAGACGUUCAGUACAGAGGAGGAGUCGGACGUGUCUGGGUUUGUGGAUGCACCAGCUGAGACCUCAGAACUUGUAGAUACAGAUGCUUCCACUGUGGAAACAAAUUUAAGACUUUCCUCACAGGAUAGCUUCUCAGAGGAGAGCUCAAUAUCAGAGGAGAGAUUUGCAGAGGAGGCAAAAGAGGCCAAAAAGAAGUCUCAAGAGGAGGAAGCAGCAGCUAAAGAGAGGGCAGCCCAGAGACAGAUGCUGGCCAUAGAGGAACUGGUCCAGUCUGAGAGGAAUUACCUUCGACUGCUGCAAGUUAGCACUGUGACCAUCAAGAGCAACCUACAGAAACUACAGCCGCCUCUAGCCAACCUGGACAGCAUGUUUCUCUACAUAGAGGAUGUGAUGGACGUAUCAAGUCGACUCCUCAGCCUGCUGGACCACAAGCAGGUUCAGCCUGGAGACCCUCUCUUCCUGGAGACACUCUGUGAUUCGUUCCUCAGCAUGUCUUCAGACAUUGAGUCAGCCUAUAAGGAAUACCUGGCCAACUAUAACAAUGUUACAGUGCUGGAGAACAGCUACAAACAGAAGGAGGCGCUCUGGAACGAGAUUGUCAGAGUCAUCAAGGCCUCAGCGCCUGAAGUAAACGCCACCUCUCUGAGUUUCUUUUUGGUGAUGCCGGUGCAGCGGAUCGCACGCUACCCCCUCCUCCUGCAGACCAUCCAGAAACACACUGACAGAACUCACCCAGCGUAUGCACUUCUGGAGCAGACCGCUCACACCUCCAUCGCCUUAAACUGUCGCAUCAAUGAGUACAAACGCUUCAGAGAAGUUGCUGACAAAUACAAGAAGACAGAAACCCUGACCAUAAAGGACAAGAUCAACCGCCUCAACACCCACAGCAUCGCAAAGAAGACAUCGAGGAUCAGCCAGCACAUCAAACAUGAGACUGGAAUAGCACCUAAGCUGGUGGAUGAGGAGUUUGACGCCCUUGAAGGUUUCUUUUAUGUUCUGGAGCAUGGGAUCCUGGAGCUCCUUGAGAACGUGGAGACGUACCUACACCACCUGCAGGGGUUCCUGGCCUGCAAAACAGAGGAGUUUGACUUGGAUAUGGAUGGAGAGAAGGCACCUAUUUGCUACAAGGAGAUCACUACUGCUCUCAGACAGUGGAUUCUUCCAACAUUUGAGAAGAGGAUGAGGACGUUAAUCCACAAGCCGCUGUGUGCGCUCCGUGACCUCCUGGUGGGCCCGCGGAACCUGAUCAGGAAAAGGCUGGACAAGCUGCUCGACUACGAAGUGAUUUGUGACAAAUCCAAUCUGAGCUUUGAGGAACAGGAGGUGGCCAACACAUACAGGACAAUCAACACGUUGCUCCUCAAUGAGCUUCCUCAGUUUAAUGGUUUGGCUCUGCAGAUGAUCUGGAGCAUGUUGGGGACGUUCAGCUGUCUGCAUAAAGACCUCGCCUCAGACAUGGAGCAACUGUUCCAGAGCUUUGCACAACAGCUCCCUCACAGCACUCUCGACCCCAGUGCAUUCUGGGGUUGGGCCGAGUCUGCAGUGCUGGAAGGUGCGAGGCGACUGGAGACUUUGUGUCAAAGUGUAGAGGACACGCUUAAUGCGCCCGCUGUCCAGCCUCUGAGUCCAUCCUCUCAGCGGCGUCUAAAGCAGCUAACAGAUAAGCAUGGUUCUGGAAAGAUCUACCAGGUGAUGGGGACGGUGGUGGGCAGCCGGGACCUGGACCUGAACCUGGCCAAAGGGGAGCUGGUGGCCAUUAUCAGUGAGGCAGAUAGCCGUGGAGACAAACGAAGAUGGCUGGUCGAUGCAGGAGGCAGAAGAGGGUACGCUCCUUCCUCCAAGCUGCUUCGCUAUCACCAGCCAACAGAGGACCCGCCCCCUUCGCCGCACCUGAUCCUGCACGAGGGCGUGACAGGAAUCAGAAGACACUCCUACACGCCAGAGGGACGGCCACUGACGGUCAUGAGCCGGCCGUUCUUCCAGGUGUUUGCAGCCUAUGACUUCAAAGCGAGAGGAAACCAUGAAGUUUCUGUUUGGUCUGGCGAGCCAGUUCGUGUCCUGGAGCCCCACGACAAACGAGGGAACCCUGAGUGGAGUCUUGUGGAGGCGAGAGGUGGGCAGAGAGGCUACGUGCCCUCCAACUACCUCACAAUCAUGCCUAUGGGGAAUGGGCCACCUGGCACAUACCAGCCCUACUCCUAGGAGGGAAGAAAGGAAGGAGAGGACAAACAGCAGCAUGAACAGUAUCAGCAUGUACAGUAUGACAAGGGUUUCAUCAAUACCGUCUUUAGAAAGCUUGCAGCACUAUUUUUAUAAUGAAGCUGCAUCUGCUUCUCAAAUAGCAUGUAUCUACAUAGUGACUAUCAGUUAUUUUGAUUUUCACUGUCAAAAUCAGUGUUUAAGACAUUAAAUACAAUAGUUUGAUGGCCACAGUGUUAGAACAAAAAAUUCCAGAUUCUGUUGACUUCUUUUUUUCAGUUUUACAGAUUGAAUUUUUAAAUGUAUCCUCAUCUCUUUUCACAAAAGUGCCCUCCAAAGUGGAGAAGACACAAGUCUCACACAAUGUUGUAGACAAACUAAUUUGAGCUUAAAAACACUGACAUCUGACUGUAAUGUCAUCCAAACUCUAGCUAAACAUUAAAAAAUUGUUUGACGGUGCAACAGUGUGAAAGCCAGAAAGCCACUUGGCAGAAAACGCGAAAAGCUGUUGGCUCAAGCGGCUGGAACAUGUGCAAAAGAGAAUAUAUAUACAUUUGUGCUGCUGGUGUGACGUUUCAAUGUGGAUGGUAAACCUGUAAAAGAAUCAAAAUUUUUAGUGUGUGAGGAUAACCUUUUAAUAUAUCAUCAGUGUUUCAAAGAUUUUCUGCUUUACUGUGGACAUGGCCCUACAUAAUCCCUGUCCUUACUAGUGUUAAUAUUUGUGACACACUGGAAAAAAUGAAGGAAGCUGUAGCCCUGGUUCUGGUAGUUGUAUGUUAUGCAUCUGUGCUGCCAAAGUGCUAAUUAGCACAGCUUGUUGAGAUGGAAUUUAACUCUGCAUCUUAAGACUGAAAGACAAUCUUCUUUUUUAUGGCUAUUGUUACAAAGCACCAGAGAUGCUGGGAGAAUAGUUUUGAAGGCAAAUGGGGGGGGCAUCUGAGCUGUAUGAGAAGAAAGAAGUGAUGAUCCUCCAGUGGGACAAAGGGACACUUGAAUUGGAAACGAUAGACUGCAUGUGUCCGUGAGUUACCAAGCUAACUGAAACACUUAAACACACAGAGAGCAAAAAGUGUGUGUGCGCAUCUAUUUGAUAUGAAAUUGGGCUGACAGGUGUGUGUGUGUGUGUGUGUGUGUGUGUGUGUGUGUUGAUUCUCCUCCUCCUCCUCACCUGGAGGCAGGAGGAGUACUGUAUCGAGACUGACAGGUACACAGCGCUCUCAUCAUCUCAGACUGUGUAAUGUGAUGUAAAUGUAAAAUGUCUCCAGGGCAGAGUAGGAGAGAGACAGACAGAGAGAGGGGAGAGGAAGAGGUGUCUGUAAAGACAGAGGAAGGACUUUAUACAUGGAGAAGAACUGAAAAAUACAAUGGAAAAAGGUCAUGAGGAGGAAUAGCAGGAUAACUCUGUGCCGAGUCUCCUGCCUGCCUGUUAGUCUGGAUGUCGGUUUUCUCUCCGCCUCCUUCCUUUUCCCUCUCUAACCAUAAGCUGAUUUAAAUUCUCUCUUCUCUUCCUACAUUCACUCCUGUAUCUGUAAAGGCGAUGUGUUACUGUUGUGCUUUCAUUGUCUCUGUGCCUAUUAUAGUAAGAGACUAAGAGGUUUUAAUCAUGAUAUAAAAUAGUAUAGACCGGACUUAAGCGACCUACUUCUGUAUUCAUAGACACCUGAUGAUGCUUGUUGCUAUGGAUACUGUUCAAUCAAUGCAGGUCGCGUCUCCUUGUGGCAUUCAAGUUGGCUGGACUGUGAAAAUAUUUAGCUACAGCAGAAUUUAAUUGUUUUUGUCGCUUUAGUGAACGUUUGCCGCUUCAGUAUCUUCUUGUCACAAGGCAUACAGACCUGUAUGACAAGAGGAACCGUGCUGCACUGGAAAAAAGUACCAUGGUCUCAAUACUUCCACUUCUUCUGUAUUUGCUGAGGCAGAGAGAAUGUCUUUUCCAUACAUUUUAUUUCUGUGCAUUUUAUUUCCAUUUUAAAAUAUGCAUUUUUGUUCUACAGCUCUCAUCGCUUUAAGUUAAAUAAUUUCCUUAUCCUGCAAACAUACCCUUUGGAUUUGGAGUCAAGUCUUCAUCUCCAUUAGUUUAUGUAUGCUGAUGUAUUUACAACUAAAAAUAUUAUCUAAUGGUAAAAAGAUGUUGACGUCCACCAGAAUAUCAACAGUUAUCGUUUGGCCCACCAUAUUGAGCUAUCCCAUAUCUGACAAAGUAAUCAACAAACAUGUCAGCAUUAAUGGAAAAGGCCAAAUCAUCAAAACUGUACCAACUAAUAAUGUGGACACAUCAUAUUAGAAAAGAGACAGAAAGAAAGAUGCACUCUCCAUUGUUUUAAUGUUUUUUGCAAUCAAGCCCCACUCCUAUCACUUAAUGCUCCAAUCAGAGCUGAGCAAGAAUUUGGACAACUUCCGUAGAGUAGAACAAACUAGAUACCCCGUUCAUGUCAGACUUAGCGUUCACGUCAACAUCCAAUUCAUAAUUACGACGGGGAAACUCUCCUGAAAUGUCUGAAAUAUCCAACUUGGCAUUUAAUAAUACAAAAGUGGCAGAAAACCAAACCAACAUGGACGCCUCACAUCAGCCAGAGACCGCCUUUCAAUAUGAUUAAACCCUAAUUCAGUGGAUAUGGUGUUAUGUCAAUGAACAGUAUUUUAUUCCUCACGUGACCAAUUCUGUAAUCAUACACCUGUUUUGAUGAUGUGAACAUUCGCAAGUCAUGAACAAGGGAAUUUUUCCCAUCUCUUCCAUCCAUCCCAUGUGAUAUGAGCAUGGUACAAUGCCUGCCCAGAGAUCUUAAGGGUAUCCGAGAGAGAGAAGCAACAUUUCAAUCUUAAUGAUCAUUUUCCCACCAUGUUGGCGUCUGCUUGACAGUGACUGCAUAUGACAUUCCUGAAAGUGGACUUCUUAUUACACAAGCAUGUUUUGCAUAAAAUUGAGCCUUUUUCCUCUGGAUUGUGCUGUAUCAGCUGCUGUGGAUGCGAAGCAGAGGGAAGGAGGCUGGGAUUCAGAGCUGCUCAGCUGGAGCUUAGCUGUUCCCAUCCGUCUGAAUGUCAGGAUGGAGCAGAGCAGCAGGAGGGACAGAGAGUGUGUGUGUGAGAUGUUACUAAUAUACCAAAAUACCAAAUGUCCUCAAGGUUAGUAAGAUGAAGGAAAAUAAAGAAAAUCCCCCAACCUGACAACACUUUACCUGCUUUCACCUCUUCAAAGGCCAGUUUAGGGUGAAAGGAACAAUUCAGCCAUUAAAUGUUGUUUAAAACAGGUAAUGGCAAUAAACCUUGCAUUUUGGCAUAUAUUCUGCUGUUUAGUAUUUAUUUAACCAUUAAUGACAAACUAACAGUAUGAAGUUGCUAUUGGUGAUGCUCCCUGCAAGUUUAAAUCACUUUUGUAUUAUAUAUAGUAUUUUCUUAUUCCCUGAGGAGAAAAAAAUGUAGAUACUGUAUUUAGUACUUCCCCACACACUCCUGGGAAAAGAUUGAGUCACAUGCUUAUGAUAUAUGACCCUGUAUAAAGUAGCAAAGGUUGUAUUUUUCCAUUGAAAAAUUACUGUUUGAUCAGAAAUUGGAUAAUGUAAUGUAAACUGGAUAAUGUAGAGACCACACAAGUAAGGUUUCGUGAUGUCCGUACAGAAAUGUGUGUUUAUGUGUGUGUGCCCUUAUUACCAAAAGAGGCUUUCAUUUUCAACUCACCACCACUAGAGGGAGUAGGAGACCUAGGUUGGUAGAUGAGAGAGCCUGUGUAUUUCACUGUGUAACUGGAAUGUGUUUGUGUGUGUUAGACCUCUUUACCUUUGUCAGUAUUAGUGCUUGCCUGAGAGCAGAGCCUAAACAUAAUCCUGUACAUUUUGUUCAUAUCCUUCUUUUUUUAUUAACCUGCUAUCAAACCAACAUGUGAAGUAUAACAUGUUUAACCUGCUGAUGAUCUGGUUUUACAGUCUGUACAGCAUUUGUGUUUAUAAUUUAUUGUUUUGUAACUCUGUUUAGUCAUACUGUUGUUUUAACUUAUUUGACGCCGCAGGGCUAUAGGACCUGACAUGAAUCAUGAAGUGUUGCCAAAGUUAUGAUGCUGAACUCACUCACACACACAUGUGUUCACCCAGCAGAUGGGAGUUUCUGCACUGCAGCAGUAGUAUCUGUCAGGGCAGCUGUGAACUGUGUGGCUUCAAUAAAACUAAACAGAAACCUG